AUGACGCUUCCCCGGCUGGCAAGUGCACUGGUGACCGAGUCGCUCGUCGCUGCGACUUACGGCGACGACAACGACAGAAAGACGGCAACGCUUUCGCUCAAUGGGACCGACCUCGCCAAAAUCCCGUUGAUAAGCAAGCCAAUCUUAUCUGGAGUCGAUACUAUCAAACUGCUCGACCCGCUCGACGUUGAUCCAUCUUACACUGAUGCCGAUCUGGUCAGGAUAUGGACACAAUUCUCGUCAUUGUCAGGACUGUCGGAGGAGUCGAGCGCUUCCAUCCUGUCAGAGCUGGUGAGCGCGUCGGAAUGGUUUGGACGGGACACCAAGGACGGUGGGGCUUUCCCGACGCUCUCGUCACCGGCCAUUGCGUGGGAACAGUCGGUGAUGGGUGGGCACCCGACACACCCGAUGCACAAGACGCGCGCCCCACUCCCGCCCCUCCGCCUGGACCCGUCGUACAACCUUCUCCAUCCCCGUCUGAGGCUGAUCCACGUUCCGCCUACAUCUAUCCUCACAACCGGGCCGUACCACGACCUUAUCGCUCCCUUCAUUGCGCGCUUCCCGACAUACACAGUCCCGGCGGGGUAUGUUCCUGUUCCCGUUCACGAGCUUCAGAUCGCCCAUAUAGCCGCCAACUUUCCCGAAGCAGUCAUACAUCCACCCGCAGUUUCCUACCCUGUCGAGGCACAACAGUCUCUACGGUCAAUUAUUGUUCCAGAUCUCGAUAAUGGACUUCAUUUGAAGCUACCACUAGGUAUCAAACUGACGAGCGCUGUGCGGACCAUUUCGCCAGCUUCAGCGUAUCUCGGACCGCGUUUUUCUGCGCAGAUAAUCCCCAAACUCACAUACGAUCGAACUAUCCUAACUGUCGCAGAGGAGCCUGUCUCGCUCAUUGGUACACAUCCUGACCCUCUCGUUGCUCGACACCUUGCCUGUCUCAUCCGGCAAGAUCAUACUGUCAACUCCAACUCGAGAACCAUUGACAUCGUUUGCACGGCCCUCGUCGAUACUUCUUCCCCACAAGCCAUUUUUGGCCUUAUUACGAAAGAAUCACGCGUCGCCUGGCUCUCAAAUUACAUUGACAUUCUCCUUCGCGCCUUUCUCCCGCCCCUGAUCAUCAAUGGCGUUGCAUUCGAAUGUCAUCCCCAGAAUACCGUUGCCCGUUUCUCAUCCGAAGCCCCCCACAAGCUCGUCGCGUUCAUCGUCCGCGAUUUCGGUGGAUUAAAGAUACAUCCUGCUACCCUUCUUGCUUCCGUUUCAGAAGCAGACCUUACUUUCGUUCAUCCCGCCCAUUCCAUCCUAACCGAAACGAUAGAUGCGGUCUGGACGCGGACGUAUCAUACUGUUGUGCACAACCAUCUCCAGCAGCUCAUACGUGUUAUGGGUCUUCAUACAGGCGGCGAAGGAUACGAGCUGCUCCGCGUACAUCUUGCAAAGUUUGUUCCUCCGACGCAUCCGUGGUUCACCGAGCCAUAUGUUGAGGGGAAGUGUUUCAUGCGUAUGCGUAUGCAGGGUAUGGAUCGAUGGCAUCUACACGGGCCAUUCCCGAAUCUCGUCCUCUUCCGAGGAGAAGAGCUGGGUAUACUCAUGGAGAAAGGAGAUGGACAGUCCGUCGAGAAAGCCCGGGCCGACGAACAAGUCACAGCCCUUGGCCCAUCUAGUUGGGUCAAAGUGGCGUAA